GUUCAGUGCAGUCCGUGCAGCGAAAAAGAAACACCGUGUCGGGUAAAAAUGUCGGUUCGUUUGUGAAAGUUGGUGCAUUAUUAUUGAUUUAAUUGAGAUACAACCAAAGUUUUUUCGUUUCUUGCGCUCUUAAAGUAAAGAUCUACUUGGUAGCAUUAAAACGCGGCUAAAUCUUCAUCAAUAAAUAUCGCAUUUGCUGCCGAAAACAAGGAACACUUUUUCCAUUACAUACAUCGCAUUGCAAUAGAAAAGAUGGCCGACCAGGACGCGAACGGGUACAAUGACGAGGCCAGUGAUUUCAAGCGAAAGCACAACAAACCACAGCAAGACCAAGAGGGCGACAUGGAAGACGACCGGGAGAGCCAACAGCAAUCUCAAAAGGCACAGGAAUACAUUAAGGGAAUGAUGACCGAGCGGCAGGACCUCGAACGAAAGUAUCCAAUCGCCGACCGGCUGCUGGAAGUGGAAAUUGAAAAUGUGCAAAAGACUGGAAAACCACCCGCGCGGCGUUACAUCGAUAUCUACAGAGAGAAACACAUCAAGGUGUCGGUGAAAAUUUUAGUUCCGGUUAAGGAGCAUCCCCGGUUCAACUUCGUAGGAAAGUUAUUGGGUCCGAAAGGAAACACAUUGAAGCGCCUGCAGGAAGAUACGAUGUGUAAAAUGGCCAUUUUGGGCCGAGGAUCGAUGAAAGAUCGCAAGAAGGAGGAAGAAUUGAGGUCCGGAAUGGACCCAAAAUACGCUCACCUGAUGGACGAUUUACAUGUGGAAGUUAACGCCAACGGGCCACCGGCGGAAGUUUAUGCCAGAAUUGCGUACGCAAUGGCUGAACUACGAAAGUACCUGAUUCCGGACAGCAACGAUUUUAUCCGGCAGGAGCAGAUGCGUGAAUUGAUGGAGGAUUCCGAGACUGAAGUUCCACCGAAGAAGCCUUACAAGAAACCAGCACCAGUGGAACCAGCUCCGCCGCCGCCGCCGACUAUUUCCGUGGCCCGACCAAUGCCGGCGCAGAAGAAGGUUCUUUCAAUUUUGGACAAGGCACGGGCGGCGAUGGAGGACAUCCAUGGACCUAGACCAAUGCCUCCGCAGCGCUAUGAGGAACCGGCUUACGAACACGGUUACGAAACGGGCUACGCUUAUCAUCAGCCUGGACCACCGCCACCCCGUGCCAAGUAUGCCCCUCCAGAAGCGCCCGAAUACGAGCAGGAGUACCGUCGUGAGUACUACCGAGAGCCAGCCCCGUACGCAGCUGCACCGAAGCCGGCCACCGUCAACCCGAGUGGUCGCCCCUGGAAGCCCUCGUAUGCAGCACCCCCGCGCAGCGCCCAUCCCGCCGAAGAGAUUCCAAUGAAGCAUGGCGUCCGCGAAGUAAUGCCGCGCUACCGACAUGCUCCAUACUCUCGUCCAGCAAAGUAAAACUGCGAAAGUUCGAUAAACUCUGAGCACCGGAACAGGCAGCCCAAACUCCAUAAAUCUGAAUUCUAACAACAAAGAGAAAACAUCGUAAUAAAGAACCAGUAAACAGGGGAAUUUAGUAAACGAAACAAUAAAAAAAAAAAACGAAAGGCAAAGAUCUUUUAUCGGGUUGAAAGUAAAGCUUAACAAAAUAUGAAAAAUGAUUAAAUGAACUUGAACCUAUUGAUAAAAUUGUAACAAAAACUCUGAGUGGAGAUUUAAUGAAUUAAAAUAUUACAUAAAUCUUAUAAUAAUCGAUUGAAUAAUGUUGACAAAAGGCAAUUAUUAUAAACAACAAUUUGCAAAUGUCCGCUUCAAUGAGGUAAAGUUAAUUACAUAAUAUCAUAAAAAUAUAAAUAUGAAAAAUAUAUGUAACUGAAAGGCAAAUGAAAUAAUUACAAAAAUAAAAUGAAUUUGAAUGAUUCAAAAUUUCGUUUCUUA